AUGUCGCGUGGCUUCGGUGGCCGCAGUGGAGAGCGCGUUCCGAACUACAUGGAACAGAUGAGGGCGUCGCUCCGUCGGCUGAAGACUGAAAAUCAGCAUUUGAAGCUUGAGGUUGAUCGCUUAACACCGAAGACCACGGUGAAACCAAGUGGACAUCCAGGAGAUGAAACUUCGCAUUUCAUCGUUGAGAUAGCCCAGCUAAGACGAGAACUGAUAGUGGCUCAAGAGCAGAUAACAGAAUUGCAGUCCAGGAAUGCAGCACUGGAGAAAGAACUGCGCCUGGCUCGUCACCAAUUGCGGAAAGGAGGAGCCUCAGGAGAACAAUACUCCCACGUGAGCUCGCGGAGUCCGGGUGGAAUUGCCGCGAAUCGCCGUAGCUGUCCUGGGGGACCUGUGGCUUUGGUACUGCGAGAACCAGAGGGCAGAAUCAGAGCGGGCGCUGCUGAGAAGAUAGUGUGGACGCGAGUGAACGGCCGAAUGGUUCCAGUGAUGAAGGAUGAGAGCAUGGAACCAGUAUAUUAA